AUGUCAGGCACAGUUUUCGGAUUAGAUACAAAGAAACCGCUACCAUUUGCUUGCAUUGAUAUUUGGCAGACAUCACCUGACGCUAUAUAUGAUUAUUAUGAACCUGACAAUAAAGAAUAUCCAACAUUUACUAAAGAAAUAAACACACACGGUGCAUCCAGAAACUAUGAUUAUCGAGCAAGAUUAGUUACAGAUGAUUGGGGACGAUAUGAAUUUGAAACAAUGAAACCGGUGCCCUAUUAUUUCAGUCCGCACAAAAUUUGGAGAUGUCCACACAUUCAUUAUUAUGUACAGUCACACGGUUACAAACCACUUGUGGUGCAGGUCUAUUUUGACGGCGAGGACAAGAACGAGAUUGGUUAG